GAAUAUGAAUCACUUCACCCUCAAAAAAAAAAUUAAAAGGCAAAAGAUAUUAUCAUCAUUUCAAGCUCCACUGUCCACAUAACACCUUUUCUGAAGGGUUUUUGAGCUAAACUCUCGUGGGGUUUUGUUGAUAUCAAGGUUUGUUUCUUUCUGAUCUUCUUCAGAGUUCUUUUUUCCCUCUUUUUGUAUGUUUUUUUUGUUUUUUUUUUUUAAAAAAUAUAUAUAUAUAUAUCUAAAAGUUGAAGUUGGAUUGUUUUCUUUUUCUUCCAUUUUCUAUGUUCAUUUCUAACUGAAAUCGGUGGUAAUAGCUACUUACCUAUUUGAUGUUGAAGCUCGUUGUUAUCUCAUCUCAAGUGUCCCUUCCUCUACUUGAUUCUAGACAAAUUUUUGUUGUGUUUGCCAAUAAUUUCUUGGAUGGAUUGUUACUUUUGUCUCUGCAUUUUGUGGGUUUCAUCUAUUUUGUCAUUUCAACUUAAAAGAAAUUUUACUUCCAUCUUUGGACAUAAAAUUAUGCUUCUGUUUGGUUUUUCUUGUUAAUGAUAUUUUUUUAUAUCUACAUGGUGUGUCCAUUAGUGUAUUUAUUGGUCUUAUCUUGUUCUUAUACUGCAUGAGAAUUGAGCUAAAAUCCAUCUAAUGGGCUAUGUCAUGGUAAUAAAAAGGGAUACAGCGUCAACGAGUAAUGACAUAUCUUUUCGACCAAGAGGACUAAGAGGUCAAAUAUUCAAAUAUUCUCCACUCUCGUAUGUUGUGUGGAAACAAAUGAAAGUAUUAAAAGCGAAUGCAAAAUAGAAACACGUUUUAAUGUUUAUGGACAUAAUUGAAACUUUGAACUGCUUUUUCUGUCAAUCUAAAUUUAAUACCUUUGUACUUGCAAAUUGCUAUAAUUUAAAGAUUAUGGGGAAAUUUUAGUUCUUGACAUUUGGAUUAUUAAUUGCUGGACCUUGCUCUUUGAGGUAUUAUUUGUAUAUGAAGAAAAAAGUAUCCUUGUAUUGAUGGCUGAUGUUUGAAUGGUCCCCCAUAGUUUUCUUCUUUGUAUUUUUGUAACCCUAUUUACUUGUUGAUUUGCAUCAAAUUUGAAGAACAAACUGAAAGCAUGGAAGAGAUCAAGGGUGGAAUCAAGAAAGAUGUCACUGAAUUAGUAGGUAAUACUCCAAUGGUAUAUCUAAGUAAAGUGGCUGAUGGUUGUUUUGCUCGUAUCGCUGCUAAAUUAGAGACAAUGGAGCCCUGUUCUAGCGUCAAAGACAGGAUCGGGCUGAGUAUGAUUGAAGAUGCAGAGGAUAAGGGCCUGAUUACACCAGGGAAGACUGUCUUAAUCGAGGUUACAAGCGGUAACACGGGCAUUGCACUGGCAAGCAUUGCAGCAGUGAAGGGCUAUAAACUUAUUGUAGUUAUGCCAGCUUCAUAUAGUCUCGAAAGACGAAUGCUGCUUCUAGCUUUCGGAGCUGAGCUGCACAUCACAGACCCUGCAGCAGGGCUUGAAGGGCUGCUAAAGAAGGUUGACGAGAUAAUGGAAGUCACACCCAAUAGCUAUUUUCUGAAGCAAUUUGAAAAUCCAUCAAAUCCAAAGAUUCAUUAUGAAACCACUGGGCCAGAGAUAUGGAAAGACUCAGGAGGAAAAGUCGAUGCUUUGGUCGUAGGGAUUGGAACUGGAGGGACAAUUACUGGUGCAGGGAAUUUUCUCAAGGAACAGAACCCAGACAUUAAGGUUUAUGCAGUGGAACCAGCCGAGAGCGCUGUGCUAAGUGGAGAACAACCUGGCAAGCAUCUCAUUCAAGGAAUUGGGGCUGGCUUCAUCCCUGCUGUUCUUGAUCUCAAAGUUUAUGAUGAAAUUAUUCAGGUCUCAAGUGAGGAAGCAAUUGAAACUGCAAAGCUUCUUGCACUAAAGGAAGGGCUCCUCGUGGGGAUUUCUUCAGGUGCAGCAGCAGCAGCUGCAAUAAAGGUUGCAAAGAGACAAGAGAGCGAAGGAAAACUUAUUGUUGUCGUCUUCCCAAGCUCCGGCGAGCGAUAUCUGUCAACGAAACUUUUUGAUUCAAUCAGGCAUGAAGCAGAAAAUAUGACUUAUGUAUAAGUUGAUUCAUUCGAAAUUUCACACGUUCUUAAAUCAAUUCAAUCUUGAAAUUCAAAUAUGUUGUUGAAGGAAAAGAAUGAUAAGAACGAUUAAAAAGGUAAAUUGUUUAGACAAA